GACGACGAUGGAAAAGGGUUUCUAGCCUUAGCCCUGCGAAUACUAUCACGAAGAGGGGUUGCUCAUGGGUGUUUUGCCGGGUUAUACACGCCCUGGACCUUCGGGCGUGACGUAGUAGCCAAACCAUUGUCAAAUUCGUUGACGAGGGAAAGGAUUGCUUUCAUCGAAUCGGAACUGGCGCUCCGUUCGAGAGGGAGACCCAAACUUCCAGAAAACCCAGGAUAUCAAAUUAGGCUAUCAUGAUGCGAUGCUGAUAUAUCUUCACCACCCUUCACAAGCAGGGAGAAGCCCACACACGCACGAUCAUCACUGAUUAUGGCAUUUGAAUUAAUGGGACUCCCAUAUAAACCGAAUCACACUCGCAUGAACGAUCGACUCCGCAGUGAAAGUUAUUUCAUAACGAUAUACUUAUUGGUUUCCCAACACAUAUAAAAAGACGAUGUUGGUUACUGAUAUCUGAUUUCGACCUAUCACUGUGGCCGGGUAGGUUAUAUGUGCCGCAGACGCGCGUUCUUCACCCCAGCGGCACAUGGAAUUUCGCAUCGUUCGCAUAAAGCUAUAAACACCAAAGCUUUAGCUACCUAGUAGCAUCGGAGAUAUUCUGCAGCUUCCGUUUGUCCUUAUAGGACUCCUCUCAUCAUGUCUUCAAAGGGAGAAGUACUCCAGGGUGCAUUGGAACUCACCAACACGCUACAACAGCAUGCUGAAGAACCGCUGACUGAGUCAGAGAGGGUGAGCGCGCUGAAGACGGCUAGGGGUCUUGUAGCAUCCCUCGAAAAAACAGAAGAUGCCGUGCUCAAGUUGGGUUAUACGCCUUUGGUAUGGAUGGUAAUUCGGAUUUUCGUUGAAUUGAAUAUAUUCUCGAUCCUAUCCGAGAAAGAUGAGAUAUCUGUGCGGGAAUUAGCUCAAAGGACGGGGGCCGAUGAGCUUCUGCUAAGACGUCUCUUCCGAGUGCUCACGGCCUCGAACUACGUUGCAGAAAAGGGUCCUGGCAUAUAUGGACCGACAAAAUGGACCGAACACCUAAGCAAGAGAACCACUGAAGGGACGGUUAGAUGGAUCUACGAUAUCCCCAUGCUAACGACAGCCCUUGCACCAUCCUGGUUCAAGCAGAAGGGCCACCAUAACCCACUCGACCCGAAGGACGGCGCCUUCCAUAACGCCUUCGACGCUAAGGGUAUCGAGAUUUUCCCGUGGCUGGCCAAACCAGAGAAUAAGCGUCAUUGGGAUGAUGCGAACACUUAUUUUGAGGGCGAUAGAGGAAGUCGCCCUUCGUGGGUUACCUGGUUCCCAGUUCGCGAGAAGCUUCUUUCUGGGGACAUCGACAGUGAAGCCCCACUCUUGGUGGAUGUUGGUGGAGGUAGAGGCCAUGAUAUUACUGAAUUCGAACAACAAUUUCCUGACGUAGCCGGAAGGUUGGUGCUUCAGGAUCAGCCGCCUGUCCUCGAUACUGCGACUUCGUUAUCAUCGCGAAUUGAGAAACACGGUUUGAAUUUCUUCGUUGAGGCGCCUGUCAAAGAUGCUCGGAUUUACUUCAUGAAGUUCAUCAUCCACGACUAUGACGAUGAGAAAUGCCUUCAGAUCCUAAAGAACGUUAAAGCUUCAAUGAAAAAGGGUCACUCUUAUUUAGUCAUCAAUGACUUCAUUCUCCCCGAAGUAGGCUGCGAGUUGCUUCCAGCCAUGUGGGAUUUGUUGAUGAUGACCGUUGUUGCUUCAAUGGAGAGAAGUGAAUCGCAGUGGAAGUCCCUACUCGAGGCAGCGGGGCUAGCCAUCGAGGGCUUCUAUCAGCCACCUGGAGAUGGACAGGGUAUCGUGGUCGCGACGUUGAAAUAAGUGGCUUGAGAAGAGCGGGCUAGGACUUAUACUUAUAAACUACUUCCUAAGUAGGACAAUAUUCACCAGCGCUUACAAGCCAUUCUUGGCAGGUCUAUGAUGGCCUCAUCAACAUGUUUUCCUAUCUAUUUAAAGGUUAAGUUGAAAUUGGCCAUCGACCCAACCCAUGGCAUGUUGGAGCACCAAAACAUCUCAGCCGCAUUUGCUAGUCCUUUAUAAGCUAGAAGAGUGGAUUUCUACCCAAGUUUUGGAGACGUCUAAUAAGCUUAUGUAGUAUCGCGAACUAGGGUUAUUGGAAUACCAAGAGAAUAGAAGACCCGCCUCAUUGGUCU